UAGAAACAAUCGAUGCCUGUUUGAUGAAAGGUAUGCUUUGCCGGCUCUUGCUGCCAUAGAAACAUGCCCGAUAUAACGCGGCGACAAGCCACUUCGCAAUAGUGUUAUACGCCCGGGAGCGUUGUUCUGGACUGAUUGUCUCCAACAGGACGGGACGAGUCGGGGAGGUUGUUGGACGUUGUUGGUGUCUGAGACACCUAUAGAAGUGGGAAUCACACCAGGCUGAAAACAGUACGAGAGGGGACUUUCAUUCUCUCUCCUGGGUGCUCUCUCCAGCGUGACGUGGACAUACUGGAUAAAUAUUUAACCAUUCAUAACCGACUUGAACUCUCUCACGUAAAGGGUCGUUCGUGACACGAAUAAUAAGUGUUGUAACCACGGCCUGGGGACUAUCGGGAAGACGGGGAGCUGGCAUCACGACUCUGUUAGACACCGCUUCAGUUUGGUGACCCGUAGGAUGCUAUACGAUGAUGGCUUCGCCGUUGAUAAUUCUGAUGGCGAAUGCCAUCUUCUUUGGAGCCCUGUCCGCCAUGAUGAUAAUGAUAGCAGUUUCCGUGGACGCCUGGCAGAGCUACACGUUUGAUCAAACCGUCUUGAAGUCUCUGAACGAAAGUCUGGAUACUUACACCAUCCUCCAGCUGUCCAACACAACGCCAAUAUACAAGGUUUUAGUUCAGACGAAUCCGCAGUCUAAUGUCACGGAAGACUAUUAUCUCCAUGGUUCGUACACGGGCCUGUGGCGACUUUGUGACGAUAUGUCAGAUUACGAUCGGAGCAUGAUUCCAGAAUCUCAUCGUUUUAACCCAACCAAAUGCUUCACUUUCGUCACCGACUACAACGAGGACUCCGGUGUAUUCACCAAGCCCGCCAUGCAGAUUGCACGUCUACAGAAUUCGGCUGCUUCCUGCUACAUCGUUGUUCUCAUCGACCUGGUGACGGCAGGUGUCGUUGGCCUCAUCGGCCUCAGCCAGAAGCAAGUUGCCAGCUGCAUGGUGACGGGGGUGUUGUACUGCAUGGCGGCACUGUUCGGCGUGUUCGGCUUGUCCAUGUUCCACACGAAGAAUUACUACGAGACAUUCCAGUGUUACGCUAUGGACAAAAUCCCAGAGCCGCUGUGCCCCGCCCGGCAUGUGGACGUUCUGUGGGCAAUACCCCUUGCCUGGCUGGGGGUGGUGUUCUGUGUCAUUGCCUGCAUAUUGUGGCUGAUCGUCGCGAGGGCAUUACGGGUCAUUAAGGCGAAGACGAUGUUGUGAAGCCGUUGACGUCGUCCUUACACUGACACGCUGUUGAGACCAAUCAGAAGCUGUAUGGCCAAGUCCACAGGGUCUAUUUGUAUGUGUCUGUAGGCAUCUCAUAGAACUGGAUUUAACGGAAGAACACGGGUAGCAUAGUGAUUAUUCGUUAUUCCGUCACCUUCACGCCCCUGGUUCGAAUCCAGUAUGUGUUUAGUAUGAGAAAGCAAUUCCGAAGACAAUCACACAUACAUGUUAUAUCCCCGCUAAGGUUGUGCUUGAAAUGUUGCCCCGAAACAUAUCUCAUUUAAUAUCUUUGACGAAUGACUGUUAAAGUUGUGGCAAUAUGUUUCACCGUGCUGAGAUCACGUCACAUGAGUCUAUACAUAAGGCCAUCUUAAUAAUGAAAGCUUUAUAACAGUUGACCGUUGUCUAAAAUACGAUAUUUAUUAUACACGCCUUUACCUGUUACAUAGGCAACAGCCAUUCUCAAUAACGAUUAAAACUGGGAUUUAAAUACUUAAGGUUUUACGAAAGGUUUUUGCAAUUCUAAAACAGUUGAACUACUGUGGAUGAUAAGCAUGGGAUUUUACAAAACAAAAUCUUGGCAACACAUCAUGUAUUUUGAGAACAUUUCCAUCUAACUCGCACAUAGGCUUUAAUUUGACAGGACAUACACAUCAAUGAAUAUUCAUGAGGUUCCGUCCCCCAAGUCCGUCCGUGUAGUAAAUGUAUCCAUUAUUAUAGAGGAGCUCCGUCAGUACCAGAUCAUGUGUUCUGUUCAUGACGUGACCAGGAAGUGACGUCAUUGGUUGAAUAUUGUCACGAUGUUUUAUGGUGAUGUGAACACGUCAUUUGCCUUAUCACAUAUUGCACACAGUGAUAAUAAUGCAUACCGACAUUGGUCUGGAACACUGGUUUCAUUAAUUAAUUUCAUGGUUACAAUUUUACGCUAUUUACCACCGUUUCUAGACUGGUGCUAGACUUUGUAUUACGACGAUAUAUCCAUUGCCUAUGUAUACAGUGAAGCAAAUGAGCAGUGUUUUAGUCCGCGGUAAUUAGGGACCGUUCAUAAUUUAUGGCUAGGGGGUUGAUGAUGAUUUUUAUGGAGAAGCAUGUACAUUGUGAAUGCC